UGGAGUAAAGGAGAAUACCUUAGAACUUCUGGGGAGAAGCAGAUCAUUGGAGUUCUCCACCUGGGAGAAGAUGCCCUUCCAUCAUGUCACGGCUGGCUUGUUGUACAAAGGAAACUACUUGAACCGAUCUCUCUCUGCCGGCAGCGACAGUGAACAGUUGGCCAACAUCUCUGUGGAGGAGCUGGACGAAAUUCGUGAAGCUUUCCGAGUUCUGGAUCGUGACGGCAAUGGCUUCAUCUCAAAACAGGAGCUGGGGAUGGCCAUGCGCUCUUUGGGCUAUAUGCCCAGUGAGGUGGAAUUAGCAAUUAUCAUGCAACGCCUUGACAUGGAUGGAGAUGGUCAAGUUGAUUUUGAUGAAUUCAUGACAAUCCUUGGACCAAAACUGGUGUCAUCGGAAGGGCGGGACGGCUUCCUCGGAAACACGAUUGACAGCAUAUUCUGGCAGUUUGACAUGCAACGGAUAACGUUGGAGGAGCUAAAACACAUCCUCUACCAUGCGUUUCAGGAUCACCUAACGAUGAAAGACAUUGAAAACAUCAUCAUCAACGAAGAGGAGAGCUUAAACGAGAACUCCGGCAACUGUCAGACAGAGUUUGAAGUGCAUUCCCAGAAACAGAACAGACAGACAUGUGUACGGAAGAGCUUAAUAUGCGCUUUUGCUAUGGCCUUUAUUAUCAGCGUCAUGUUAAUUGCAGCCAAUCAGAUCCUCCGAAGUGGCAUGGAGUAGCCAUAACACUGUGAAUCAAAACUAUCCAUGCAUGCGCAUGCUGCCAGGUGAUCUUUCUCCCGGAUCAACUUUAAAUGGGCAAAAUCAAAAACCGCACAUGAGAGAAAGAGAGAGACGGCAAAGAAGAAUGGACCAGCAGAGGACCUUAAGGCUUACAGUGUCUUGUAAAUCAACUCUAUUCUCUUGGCAGGGAUAUAUAAGGGCUGACUUAAUGCUUUAAUGGUUUUUUGUUUCUUAAUGCAAUAAA